AUGUGCAACAUUCAGGCCGCGCUUGUCAAAUACAAACUUGAUUCUUCUGUUAAGGUGUCAUCAACCAUAGCCCUCAGUGCUCUCCAGAAUUCGUACCCGUCUUCUGCGGGAUCUUUAAAAAAGGAGCUCAUUGAACCAGUCAUCAAACCCAUGCUGGAAUUUCUGCAGGAGACUGGGUUGUAUCACAUGGUGAAUGCUUACCCUUUCUUCGCCUACUCUGCCAACGCCAACGUUAUCUCACUCGAUUACGCUCUGUUUAGGAACAACUUCGUCGUGGUUGACUCAGGCAAUGGGUUACGUUACUACAGUAUAUUAGACGCACAAAUCAAUGUGGUGUUCGCUGUCAUGUCGGCUUUGAAGUAUGACUAUGUCAGUUUGAUGGUGAUGGAGAUCGGAUGGCCGUCCAAAGGUGACAAGAAUGAGACAUGGCGAGUGAGGUAA